AUGAGUGUGCGUCCUAAACUAUACAUCAGUCAAGGAAUACCGGAAGACGGGGAGGCUAUAAAGCUGUACCGUGAGCAGUGUGAAAUUACUAUGUACGACGAGAAGAAAGGCGGUGUGGUUUCUGUGCCACGGGAAGAGUUCCUGAGAUCAAUCAAAGGAGUGGACGCAAUACACCUUGCGUACUCGGCAAAAAUUGACAACGAAGCCCUUGAUGCUGCAGGUUUGUUGAAGCUUUCUGAAAUUAUAGUUAACUGUAUAAUAUGGUGUCCUCAGCUGAAGGUUAUAGGAACAAUGUCUGUGGGUCUGGAUCAUCUAGAUUUAGUCGAAUGUUCACGCCGAACUGUCAAAGUAAGAUAUACGCCCGAUGUUCUCACAGACACCGUGGCUGAAGCGGCGAUAGCUCUUACUCUUGCCACAGCUCGGAGACAUAAAGAAGGUAUGGCCGAUGUGAUGAACGGUGUUUGGGGUUUUACAUGGAGCAAUUCUCUUUAUCUCUGUGGGAAAAACAUUAAAGGGUCGACUGUAGGAAUUGUUGGAUUGGGGCGUAUAGGCUUUGAAGUUGCUAGACGCCUCAAGGCCUUUGGUAUUAGUCACCUCAUGUAUUGUGGCAGAACCCCCAAGGAUUAUGCCUCUGAAGUUGACGGAGAAUUUGUGGCCUUUGACGACUUGUUGAAACAAUCAGACUUUGUUAUAGCAUGUUGUUCAAUAAAUCCGAGUAACCACAAACUAUUCAGUGCUGAAGCGUUCAAGAAAAUGAAAUCGUCAGCGAUACUGGUUAAUGUAUCGCGUGGUGUACUCAUUGACCAAGAUGCACUUUACGAUGCCUUGAAGACUGGAGAGCUAUAUGCAGCUGGAAUUGAUGCAACAACACCAGAACCAUUGCCCGUCGAUCAUCCACUGUUAACACUGCCUAAUUGUACAGUACUUCCCCAUCUUGGGAGUGCUUCUAUCAAUACACGACACGCAAUGGCAAAUCUUACAACACGCAACAUUUUAGCCGGUCUGAAAGGAGAGCCUCUGCCGGCACCAGUCCCUUCGCAAAAAUAAACGACUGUUUAUUAAGACACUAGCAUCAUACAGUUAAUUAAUUGGUCAGAUAGACUUAAUAACCUGUGUUACCAAAUUGCCAAUGAAGGUGGAAAUGA